CCGCGUGCAGACGGACUCUCUACGUCACUUCCGCCUUCGGCCUCCAGCCUGUCGCAACUUCCACCAGCUACUGCGAUGUUUUGCUUCAUGUCGUCUUAGUACCAGAGACAUCCCGUAAAAAUGGCCGGUUGUUCUUCAGACGUGGACCUGUGGAAGGUCCCUCUGGUGGCGCUCAACGUCACCGUCAGGAGAAAGCUGGGACUUUAUCUGAACCCCAAAAACACGGUGGCCGCCGACUGGAUGACGGUGGCCGAGGAGAUGGGCUUCACCUACCUGGAAAUCAAGAACUACGAGGCGUCGAAAAACCCAACCAGAACGGUAUUGGAGGACUGGCAGGCCCGGAGCAAAGACGCCUCGGUGGGGAAGCUGCUGUCCAUCCUGACGGAGGUGGAGAGGAAGGACGUGGUGGAGGAUCUUCGCCCUCAAAUAGAUGAGGACGUCAGAAAGUACUUGGAGAGUUUGCAGAGGAAAUCUGAACCUCCGCUCCAGGUACCUGAGGUUGACAGUUGCGUUCCUCGCACCCCAGAAAGGUUAGGGAUCACCGUGGAGGAUGACCCUGAAGGGGCGCCGGAGAUGUUUGACGCCUUCAUCUGCUACUGCCAAAACGACUUCCAUUUUGUCUGCGAGAUGAUCAGAGAGCUGGAGCAGACGGACCACAAGCUGAAGCUGUGUGUGUUUGACAGAGAUGUUCUCCCGGGUUCCUGCGUUUGGACCAUUACAAGUGAACUCAUAGAGAAGAGGUGUAAGAGGAUGGUGGUCGUCAUAUCUGAUGAAUAUCUGGAGAGUGAUGCUUGUGACUUUCAGACCAAGUUUGCCCUCAGCCUCUGCCCUGGUAAUAAAAUAGACAUUUAUGGGGCUCGGAGUAAACGUCUCAUUCCUGUCAUCUACAAGACGAUGAAAAAGCCAUUCCCGACUAUUUUGCGGUUCCUCACCGUAUGCGACUACACCAAGCCCUGCACCCAGGCCUGGUUCUGGAUACGACUUGCCAAAGCUUUAUCUUUGCCAUGAAUGUGGACCAAGCAGUCAACCAUGUUUAAAAGUGCCUUGUUUUUAAAAUAGCCUUAAGAAAUAGCUUGUGUUGUCAAAUAUCAAGCUGUUCCAUCUUCAGCUGCAUCUUGUUUUCAAUUGCUGACAUUGAAUCCCACAAAGGAUUUCUCUUUGUUUUCAUUCAGAUGAAAUAAUUGUGUAUUUUACAAUCGAGCUGAAGACCUAAUGGCGUUGUGACUGAUAAUUCCACAUGUUUAUGAUCACUUUUGCUUUAUCAAUCUUUUUAAUUGUUUUAAAAAAUAUUUUUGUAAACUGUAAUUUUUUUCCCAUUUUUUAAUAAAAAGUUUAGUGUAAUUUCGUAA